AUGGGUACAGUGACACUAGAAGGUGUAAUAUAUAGCUUUGGCACUCUUUUGCUUGAUGUUCUUAGUGGGAAACAUAUUCCCCCUAGCUAUGCCCUUGAUUUGAUACGGGACAGGAACCUUGAGAUGCUGACAGAUUCUUUAUUGGAAGGAAAAUUUUCCGAUGAUGCCAGGACUAGGUUAGUACGCUUGGCUUCUCGAUGCUUGCAAUAUGAACCCCAAGAAAGGCCAAAUCCAAAGUCAUUAGUGGCUAUUUUGACUACUCUUCAGGAAAAUACCAAGGUUCCUCCUCAUGUCUUAAUGGGCAUCUCGCCCAGUGCUUCCUUCUCACCUAAAUCCCCAUUUGGUGAAGCAUGCUUAAGAAUGGACUUGACUGCCAUACAUGAGAUCUUGGAGAAUAAAGAUGACGAAGGUGUCACCAAUGAGCUCUCAUUCCAAAUGUGGACUGACCAAAUGCUGACAACAAUAAAUUUGAAGAAAAAAGGCGAUUCUGCUUUCCGGUGUAAAGAUUCUAAAGCUGCAAUUGACUGCUACACACAGUUUAUUGAAGCGGGAAUAGUAGGGUCACCAACAGUUUUUGCUCGCCGCAGUUUGUCUUAUCUCAUGAGCGACUCGCCACAGGAAGCUGUAAAGGAUGCAAUGCAAGCCCAAAUCAUAUCUCCAGCCUGGCACGUACCGUCUUAUCUACAAGCCUCUGCACUUUUCACCCUUAAAAUGGAAAAUGAAGCACAUAUAGCCCGUAAGGAUGGUUCAGCUCUUGAAGCCAGAAGGAGCAAAAGUGUUUGACAGUAACGAAAUGAUGUACAGAUAUGUAAAUCUUCUGCUUUGCUCGCUUUGUCUCACUUCCUUUGUGAAGAUCAUUAUUUGGCACGUAUUGAAAGGUUUUUGCUCUGACGGGAGCUUUAUUCUAUUCAACAAUCAUAACGAAAUUAUCGUUCUUCAU